AUGCAGCCUCGUCUAUACCUCCACAGCUGCUCACUGACACCACCACAAGACACGCGCCUGGCCGACCGCAAAAGCAUAGCGACUACCACCUCUACAAUCUCCACCUCUACCGCUACCCCUCUCAACGCACAGACCCACGACGAGAUCUCUCGCCUGCGUCAAGACCUCAGCACAACCCAAGCCGCCCGUUCUUCCCUCGCAUCACAACUCCAAACCCACGAGACCACAAAUACUGCCCUCGUCACCUCCAACAAGACAUUGACCGCCCAACUUACCUCUGUGCACCGUCAACUGGCUUCUCUCGAGCGCAAGCUCAAAGACCGCGAUGAGGAGUUGAGAGCAAAGAAAAAGAUGGUCGAGCAAGUGCAAGACGAAAUUGUGGCGCUGACCAUGGAGUUGAAUGCUGUAGUGAGGGAAAAGGAGAAGUUGAAAGGGGAGAAUGGGGAGUUGGUGAGGAGGUGGAUGGAGAGGAUGACGACCGAGGUUGAUAGGGCGAAUAGGGAAGGUGGCUGGGAGUGA